GCAGCUAGGGGCGGGGUGGCAGCGCAAUAGGUCUCGCGAGCUUUCCUCCUCGCUCUCGCUGUUUUAUUUUAUAUUUAUAAUCAUUUUGCCUAGCGACUGACAACAGGCGGCUUGCUGCACUUAGGGAUCCCUGAAGUGGCCGGGCCUGAGAGUGAGACCCCAGUCCUAGGCUGGGGUUCUUUCCAAACAGAGGAAACGGAUCCCGAGGGGCUACAGACCAAAAUUGUUGAGAACCAGACCUACGAUGAGCGGCUAGAGAUUAACGACUCGGAAGAGGUUGCCAGUAUUAGCACUCCAACCCCGGGACAUCAAGGACCUCCUCUUCCUGCCGGUCUUCCUAACAAGACUAUGGCUGAUAACAGCAGUGAUGAGUAUGAAGAGGAGAACAACAAGGAGAAGAAGAAGCCCUCACAGCUGACACCUCAGCGGGGCUUCAGUGAAAAUGAUGACGAUGAUGAUGAUGACUCAUCUGAGACUGAUUCUGAUGACGACGAUGACGAUGAGGAGCAUGGAGCACCCCUGGAAGGGGCCUAUGAUCCUUCAGACUACGAGCAUCUGCCAGUCUCAGCUGAGAUCAAGGAGCUCUUUGAGUACAUCAGCCGGUACACACCUCAGCUGAUCGAUCUGGACCACAAACUGAAACCUUUCAUUCCUGAUUUUAUCCCAGCGGUUGGGGAUAUUGAUGCAUUUUUAAAGGUUCCACGUCCUGAUGGAAAGCCUGACCACCUUGGCCUCUUGGUGUUGGAUGAACCAUCCACGAAGCAGUCAGAUCCUACUGUGCUCUCGUUAUGGCUAACAGAGAAUUCCAAGCAACACAACAUCACGCAACAUAUGAAAGUGAAGAGCCUGGAAGAUGCAGAAAAGAACCCCAAAGCCAUUGACACCUGGAUCGAAAGCAUCUCUGAGUUACACCGCUCGAAGCCCCCUGCGACUGUGCACUACACCAGGCCUAUGCCUGACAUUGACACGCUGAUGCAGGAGUGGUCCCCGGAGUUUGAAGAGCUGUUGGGAAAGGUGAGUCUGCCCACGGUCGAGAUCGAUUGCAGCCUGACCGAGUACAUUGACAUGAUCUGUGCUAUCCUGGACAUUCCUUUCUACAAGAGCCGGAUUCAGUCCCUCCACCUGCUCUUUUCCCUCUACUCAGAAUUCAAGAACUCUCAGCAUUUCAAAGCUCUCGCUGAAGGCAAGAAAGCAUUUACCCCUCCAUCCAACACUGCCUCGCAGGCUGGGGAUGCAGAGACACUGACCUUUAUCUGAGCCACCUCCUGGGGCUGUGCUGCAAAGUCAGAUGAAGACAUGGUCUCCGUGGGCAGCCUAACAUCUGCCUGCUCCACAACUGGACUUGGGCCACACGAGGCUUGCUGCCUUGUCUGCAAGAGCAAGGCACACAUUUGCCCCUGGGUUCCACCUGCCUCCAGUUGCCUUCCCCGAGGAAGGAAGGAUCCACACUGCUGUGGGCAUUUGAGUUGGAAGAACUGGAUUUCCGGGAGCCACAGGACACAGGUUGGGGGAGGAGCUCCCGAAGACACUUUGAGUUAACUGGAAGUGAUUUUAUACACAGAAUGUUUUGUCAGGUUGUGACAGAAUACAUACUGGUUUUCA